CGGACACAAUUGCGAGCUUGUUGUGGCAUAAGUACUUACCACUGCGUCAGAAACAGAAGCAGCUGGAGGUGUUGAUGCAGCGAGCUUGCAAGAUCUACUUUUUGACUGCUGGAUGAGCAUACGAGGAUCAUGAUUUUGUUUUUGACGUAAGUAAAAAGAAGUAGCGCACAAAAUGUUCCAACCCGCUGGCCUGAAAACCCUGCGUCUGAUCCAGCGGAAAAAACAACCGGUAGGAAGUUGUAACACAACCGGUAUUAAAACUGCAAAUGGAACCGCGGCAACGUCGCAUGUCGACACAGCUGCAAGAGCAGACACUGCCAGUACGACGGACAGCGGGGGGACCUGCGAAGGGCACGGCCGGGAGCAGGUUUUAUCAGCCCGAACAGCUACCUCGUCUACUCGCGAACAGAUCGGAGAUUCUUAUGAAGACGAAAGUAACUCGACGGCUGGGGGUUGGGCGUCGUCUUCUGCUGCAGGUGAUCAUGGGCCAGCAGAUGUUGCACAGCAGUCGUACCAUCAAACCACAUCGACCGCACAUGCGUCGUUCCACAGUUUCGAGCAGAAUUUCGAAAUCAUCGAGCCAAAACCGUUUCUUUUCGACGAUGAUCAUUCCGAUCAAGAGUCGGAACAUGGGAACAAGCUCUUGUCGUCUAGAAGUUGUGAUGCAGAAUCCGAUGAAUCACGAAAUAUUCCCCUCGAUCAGCAGGGACGAGCGCUCUUGCACCAUCAGCCGUUCUCGUGGAGCUACGAUCAGGAUACAAAUCUGGAGCGAGUGCUGUUCGGCGAGAGUAGGAAGAUCAUAACAAGGAGUUCUACAACACCGAGAACAUCCCGGGCCGCGCUGGUAGAACAUGAAACUGAGAACAAGCGACCGCCAGCUCGUUGCGGAGAUAAUCAUGAGGCGACCUCCUCCUCCUCCUCUACCACGGAAGUAGGCGAAGGAGGCGUUACAGUUGAAGACCUCUGUUCUACUUCCACUUCAAGUGUCGAGGGCGGCUGCAGAAGCACAAGUACUAGACCCGGGACGAGCAGCAGUAGUAGGACCAUCAAAGAAAGUCGCACCACGGGCGGGAGCGAGGGUGGCGUUCUCCUUCAUGAUCCAGCACGAUACAAAAGCCGUGCCGUCCGGGAAGAAGUGCUGGAGACAAGUACUAUCAGCCGUCCGUGCGAGGACGCUUUUGCGUCGUUGAGAGCUGGUGGGCUGGUGGACUUCUGUGGCAAUGGCACAGCAAGAGGGCGGGAGACGUCAUCUUCAAGCGGCACUGCUGCUGCAAACAUCAUUCCGGAUGUGUUGUGGAAGGUAACCUCGGCAGACGACGAUGUUGGUGUAAGUUCUUCUCCAACAUCUACUUCCCCUUCCGCGGGCAAGAAAACCGGUGAUCAAGAAGAACUACAUGGCGCUUUCUCGUUGUCACCAUCUUCCUCUCGUCCAGCCGAAGUUGUGGGUGACGCACAAGCAACCAGGGGCACGACGACGACUGCAACGGGUUCGGACCCUGAUCGUCGUGUUAAGACCACCAACCCGGUUGAUCUGUUCGCCAGCUUCUAUCUCGAGGAGGGCACCACGACUGAUGAAGGGGCAGCACAAGAACUUCACCAACCGCUGUUGGACGACUUGGACAACGCGAUUCGGGAUGUCAGAGAAUUCCGAAGGGAAAUGCAGCAACAGAAAAUGAUGAGGGUGCCCUUGCACGCAGCGAGAAUCUUCACUGGUACCACACCGCGGAUGAAUGCAAACGAGCAUGAGAGGAACCUAGUAGAGCAAGAAGAAGCACAAUCACCCCCCUCUUCUCUGGACGAAGAAACAAAGGAGCUGCUUGCUCAAGCGGAUGCGGUGCGGGAAAAGUUCGGGUUGCACGAGCUAAAAAGUAUAACACACGGGACAAAGGGAAAGGGUCCAGCAGAUGAAGAAUCGGAUCCUCAGAACAAGCGGAGCCAGACACCGCCCAGUCCGGGAAGUCCGUUGUCCUCCUCGCGCAACCAGCGCAGCGAAAAAACUACGAUGUUGACAAAAGUUGUGCGACCAGAUCUAAAGCUGAAUCUUGACUUUUUGGCUGAUGAUGAUCUACUUUCCACACAUGAGGAGAUGAGUAAGAUGACUCAACACACAACGAGAACAACGGGAACAGCCCGAAUUUAUGACCAGGGCGGUGGGGGCAAUUUGGAAAGUCUCGAAGCGUGCUUGCACGAUUUGGAAAAGUUUUUGCAAGAAUAGAAU